AUGCAGGCGCUCUCGAGCGCGUGGCAGGAGGCGGUGGAGACAGUUCCCGCUGCAUUGAAGGCCUUGAGGUGUUUGGCAGAGCUCUGUGAGAGUCAGGAGGAACACCUGGUCCGAGAACAGCUUCGUGUCCAGAAAGAGCUUUCGGAGGCCUACGAGUCCCACGGUUUGCAAAAGGAAGGAUAUGAGCUCUAUGCCAUUUGGGUGCAUCAGGGAGAAGCAAGAUCCGGACAUUACUUGGCAUUUCUAAGGGACUGGCGACAAGACCGCUGGGUACGUUUCAGCGAUUCGUUCGUGUCCAUCGUCACCUGGGAAGAGGUCCAAACAGUGGCUUUGGGUGGCACAUCGAGAUCUUCUGCAUAUGUUUCCUUGGCGGUGCUUUCAGACAUUUUUGUUGCAUCCUUGCCAUCUGUCUUGGUGUACAUGGAAGCCUCCUUGGUGAAAUUGGAAGCUGCCAGCGAGGAGGGGGAGAUCGACCUCAUAGCCUUGCCCUCCUUGGUGUCUUUGUUGAAGGAGAUCAAUGUCGACAACCAGCUGCUGGAAGACGAACGCGGAAGCUGGGAGGAACAGCUGAAAGGUCGUGAGUUGAAGCACCAUGCGCAAGCCAUCUUCCAGCACUAUGCGGGGCUUCUACAUACCUGGGAACCGCAGAAGCACCGGGGCGAUUCCGGAGGGAACCCUCACGAUGCCAGCCACCGGAAGAUCCUGAACGAUCCGGCAUUGAUUUCGCUGGAACUGUACCUCUAUCGCCAGGGUGGGGAGCAAGACGUUUGGCACUACUUGUUGAAAAGAAGUCUGGAUGCCCAACGAGAAAUCCGUGCUUGGCAGUCGGAAGACGAAGGCAGGAUUCUGUUCUUCUUGGCAGAAACCAUGCGAAGCCAAUCGUGUUAUGUGAAGAUGCUGCAGGAGAAAACACCAAGUGCCUCGCCUGAACCGAUGGGAGACGAAAAGGAUGAUGUGAAGCCGCGGAGCGAGUACGAGCUCAUCGACCUUGAUCUUCAGGAGCUGAGGGAUAGGUACAGUGACGUGCUGCGGCAAGCGUAUAUGCUUGACGAGGCAUUGGAUCUCUUAAAGAAAGAAGGUGGUCUCGCCCUGGCUCGUUCCAUCGGCUUGCUGUCCUUGCUUUGGGCUCACUACAAUUUGGACACGGAUUAUCGUUUCCGGCACAACGAGGUGCUUUUGGUUCUAAGCUCCUUGAUGUUCAACACGGUCUCCAGCAUCGAGUUGCUGAAUGCCAGCACUCAAGCAGCCUUCCGUGAGCUUUGUGAAUACUUUUACAUCGUUCUUCACUGCGUUGAAUGGCCCAAGGGCUGGAAACUCCCUUUGCAGAAUCGGAUUAAGACCAUGUUUCCUCAUGCUCAGUCACUCUUGGAUGCAGAAAUGGCGCAAGUCUUGAAAGAAAGAGCCGAGAAGGAAGGAGCACCUGGCGUCACACCAAUGAUCAACAGUGCGGACCAAAAACAAUUAGUUCGACAACGAUCUUUGAUGCAUUUGGAUGGCAAGUCAGUGGACGAUUUUCGUGAACAUCCUCCGGCUGGCGAAGCUUUUUUCGAGAGGCAUCGAUCGCUCUGGCUGUGGACCAUGUCGAACGAAAAGGUUCUUGCACAGGAAUUUGUGAACCUUGCUUCUGGGACCUAAGCCUUCUUACGUAGACUCACUCGAGCAGGAGCAGGGACGCGAACAUGCGAAGGGGUCUUCGCCGAACACCGCGGCGCCGACGCGUUCGUCGGAGCGCGGAGCUGGCUCGCUCCCGUUCAACACCGGGAGACCGCUGAAGCACGGUCUGCUGGAGUUGCCACCAUGACAAGACCAACUUGGAGCUCGUGUAAAAAGAGAGAAGGUGACCGUUCU